UUAAAAUUGUAUGGAAUGGAUGAUAUACUUUCAGCCUUUCAAUUGAACAUUCCAUUUUCGUUACGGAAUUUCUUGAUUCAGUCGCCGCGCUCAAAGCUUGCGUUAAAAAUUAAAAUCUAUGCAAUAGCUUAAAACUAUGUACAAUUUUGCAUUGCAGUUUGCAAACAUUGGUGAUAUGUAGAUAUAUGUUAUUGUUGAGUAUAUUGAUGCAACAAUAUUAUUAUUGGACUCAUACAGCCACCUGUGAAACUUAUGUAUAUAUUUUUAUCUAUUUAUGUUAUUAAAUAAAUUUAUACUAGAAAAAUAAAUUUAUAUAAUUCUCUUUUAUGUAACUCAAAAUUGUACUUAUUUUUUUAACUUCCUUUAAGUCCCUGCACUAAGCAGUUGAAUGUAAAAGUCAGAUUGUGAAUUUGCAUAAAAAAUAUUGUCGCCGUCCUCCCUUGAUGUGGUUUUAAUAUCUUCCGUUGUAAACGUUCAAAAGAUGGGAGCUAGAAUCACUUUAUGAAUCGUCGGCCUUUAAUUUUCUUUUCAUCGUCGUGACCCUUUCGGAAUCACGAAUGAAUAGAACAGUUAUAACGGGAGUCAUAAAAGAGGUGGUAUUUUUUGCCUUAUUUCAACGUCGUUUGAGUAUUCUUAAAAUCAACUCUUUGAAAAAAAUGUGCAUUUUUCAGGAAGGAAUAGUUUUGGAAAAGUGCUUGAAGAGAUGAGCAGCAGCAGCAAUUCAAUUUUAUUCUGACAUCAUUUAUAAUGUAUAACUGAAAUAGUAUCAGAUAACUUACAAACUUAAUGUAAAUAAGAGCUUAUAAUUAAAGGUAUUCAUUUAUUAUAUACAUCCAAUUCCAUCAGAAGAUUAUUUCUUUAAAUGUAUGAAUCUACUAGACCAAUCAAGUUGAAAUGUGGUACAAUCAUGUAUCAAGUAAAAAAAAAAAUUGAAAAUACGGAGGUUACUUUUGUGAUGUAAAUUAGAAAAUUGAAAAUAAAAUUUAGCUAACUGUGCCGUGUUAUAUAUAAAAUGAAAGGGCUCAAUAUGAUAACCUGGGGGAGGGGAAUCUUCUUUUCGAAAGUACUGAGUCUAAAAAUUCAAAAAAAAUAUGGAAUGUAGUUAUUUGCUUGUGUAUUACAGGAAACCUAUAAAAAGUUUAUAGUGUAACUUGUUUUUAUACCUAAUAUGGUGUCUAAUACUGUCGUGGAUGUGUUCUCACGAGUUCCCAUGACCUUGUCCGGCAGCGACGUGUCCCUCCCCGACGUGUCCUCUUCGUCAGACGACGAUGAGGAUGCGGCGGUGAUGGGCGUGCUCGCGCCAAGGCGUAUGUAAGGGGCAUCGUAAAACAUGAAGACUGCACUGCCAGUUGUCAGCGUGUACUAUUUUACGUUGCUGCUCAGCGCCACGUCAUCAGUAGAAGACAGAGGAUGGCUGAACUCUGUGGUGGAACUCGUCGAGAUGGAUUAUAUCGACAACUGUGUCGAGAGGGCGACAUCCACGUGGGAAGAGCUCAUGGGAAUGGAACAGGGUCUCACAAAAAAGCUGGAACGUGACAAAUCUUUCGGUGUGUUCGCGAGCAAAAUUAGAGAUGAAGUAAAGAGGGCUGUCACUGGACAUGCACUUGGACAAGACGAUGACAUCCUAAAAAGAAAAGUAAAGUUACUUCUGCAGCCGGGAGAUGUGCUCCUAGACACAGAGCAAUGGAUUAAGCUUGUAACAUUUGGUGUUACAUCCCAACACAAGCUCAGGUUCGCUACGAACUAUGACUGCGGAGGUACAAAUUGUUCAUUGCGAGAAUUUCAUAUCAGCUAUGCAAGACAGCAGGAUGAAGAAACGCUACGUCGUAUGAAACAAUCCUGGGAAAGGAAUCUCCCCGACACCAAUGAGUAUCUGGAGCAAAUACUUCCAUUGUUGAGGAAUUCCUCCAAAGAUUACAAGACAGUCGAGGAAUAUUGGGAUUCUCUUGUGGAGUACGAGGGCGCUAUUUUAAAAGCGCGUGAACUGUGGGAUAACGUGAAACCUCUUUACACGAAGCUGCACAACUAUAUUGCGCUCAGGCUGAAAGGCGCCGAUGCAGUUGGGAAGACUUUGCCUGUUCAUUUACUAAGAUCCUUGAACGGAGAUGAUUGGUCUAACAUUAUAGAGAGCUUGCUACCGAAGCAUCCAGCAGUUUACCAGAAAGUACAUGCAAAUCUGGAAUUAAUGAAUCUUGGUGGCAUGAAAAGUUUUAAAGCGGCCGCUAAGCUCAUCAGCGAUUUAAAACUGGGUGAGAUCAAACCGGAAGUGCUGUCAGAAUCCGUAUUCAACGGCACUUGCCCGCCGACGCUCAUCGACUGGUGCAAGCCGAACAAAGUCAGAAUCGUUUCGUGUAAAGAUGUCAGUAUCGGAAACUAUUUGGACGCUCACGAGGCGACCAUGAAGAUAUUGUACAAGCAAGCCACGGCUAUGUACAGCAACAAUACGUUCAUACUGAGGGAAGCCCCGCGUUACUCAGCUGUUUACGAAGCAAUCCCCGGAUUUGUCUCGCUGCUGGCUUUGAGCCCAUAUGCCAUUGAUAGGAACGGAUUAUUCCAAGUAGACGUGUUCAAUAUCAAUGGGAACCAUCAUCGUCUCAUCUUGCAGCUCAUGUUGGCGUUACGCGACUUACCCAAGUUAAACUUUUAUUUAGCAGCCGAUGAAUGGAGAUUAAAAGUAUUGAUGGGUACAUUGCCUCCCACGAGCUGGAGUGAAUUCCGAGAAAAAUUUUCAAUGCUAGAAACUUCAGAUCAAGACUUAUUGUCUGACCCUUACGUGCUGCUAAACAAACCUUUUAUAGGGAAAUUUAUGGGUCUUAUUUUAAAAUAUCAAAUAUAUCAAUCAUUUGCUGAAGAGCUCGAAUCAGAUGACGACGAUCUAUUGGCUCAUGUUGGUGCUAAUCACGAGCGUCUAAGUGAAACCAUGAUACAAGGAUAUAGCACACAGUGGCCAGAGUUAGUGAGCGAUUUGUUAGCACAAAAAGAAAAUGGUCUAGAAUACACAGGUCUCACUGAUUAUUACCGUCUCUUAGAUGAAUAUUUAGAUUGGCAAUUGGAUCCAACUAAUAAGGACAUAGAUGAAAUAAAUGAAAUAGAUGAUUACAUCGAACCAGAAUCGAUAAAAAAUGAAGAGGACUUUGAUUUGGAGAAUGCUGUCGAAGUAGAGGUACCGUAUGAAGAUACACAAUUGGCUAAUCAAAUUGAAACUGGAGAAGAUCGGUCCAAAUUUGGUGCUGAGACUUCAACAGUGGCAGUUUUGGAAAUAAAGAAUCCUAUUGAAGCAGGGGACCAGAAAAGUGGCGCCGAAGACGUAAAAGCAGCAUCCUAUAAUGUCUAUUGGUGGAUAGGAAUUGCCGUCGCUAUAGCUGUAGUUGUUAUAAUAAUAGCAAUAAUUGCGAGGAAACGCCAUAACCACAGAAAGCAGCUGGAAAGACAAAGAGAAAAUUCACGUGCCUGAUUUGAAGAGUAUCGGUUCUAGGAACCGAUUUAUAGACUCUACAGUUUUGUAUACAUGUGCCAACACAGUGAUAAAUUUGCGGAC